AGAAGAGAAUGAAGAAGAGCAGGUUGCAGCUAGAUGGGUUUCUAAACUCUGCAGAUAUUUAAUGCAUAAUUUCCGCAUAUUAAAGUCAUUACUGCGUGGAUAAAAGGAUAAUAGCCCAAUGCUGAGCGGACGUGGAUCAGAGUCUGCAGCUCCAUGUGAAAAUUUCCUCCUUGCCCCUUUCACUGACUGAACUGAGUGUUAUAGCCUGCCUCAGCGUGGUCAGCAGGUUGGGAUAAAGACACAGAUACGACUGUUCCUCAGUAACAUGAGUGAUUGGACUGUGAAGACAGAGGAUGCUGACUGUCUCCUCCAGACGGACACUGAAGCAGUGCAAGCAGGCAGUGGAGCUCAGUGUAAACUGGAGUGUACAGACUUCAUGAUCUCUGAAGUGUUUAGUCUCAGUUCAGGGCCUUCACUGCCUGUGAUGGUGGAGACCUUUCCACAAAAUGAUGUUGCUCCAACUGAAAUGACAUACAUAAAUGUAAAGAUGGAGAAUCCGGAUGAUCAGACUCCUGAUGAUACUAAGUGUAAAUCGAAUGAUCAGGUAUCAGUGGGUGGAGAUACAAGUAGCCCAGCUCCUGAACUCUGCGAAGAACCGGAGCAGUUCUGUGGCCGUGCCAGUAAAGACAUGGUCUCUGCUGAAAUUAACGUCAUGGAAUUAAAGGCAGAGGAUCCAGAUAUUCAGUCUCCAAAACCCUCAGAAUCUCUGGAGUUAUAUGAUGGCCCAUCUGGUCAGCAAAAGAAGAAGAGUACAGAAGAAAACUAUAAUGGAAUGCAAGACCACACUAACAAAAAGCUUUACCACUGCCUUGAGUGUGGAAAAGACUUUAAGCGUUUAGAUGUCUUAAAAAGUCAUCAGCAAAUUCACACAGGAGAGAAGCCCUACCACUGUGCUUUGUGUGGUAAACAUUUUAGACAUAGAGGAACUCUGCGAAAGCAUCAGCGACUUCACACCGGAGAAAAGCCCUACCACUGCUCUGAGUGUGGGAAAGACUUCAUUUCUUUGGAUAACUUAAAGAAUCACCAGGUCUUUCACACAGGAGGAAAGCCGUACCAUUGUUUCCAGUGUGGGAAAUGUUUCAGCCAGAAAGGAAACCUAAAAUCUCACCAGCGAAUACACACCGGAGAGAAGCCCUACCAGUGCACCCAAUGUGAGAAAGCUUUUAGUCAUUUAGGGAGUUUGAAAAAUCACAAACAGUUCCACUCUGGAGAGAAAUCCUACCACUGCGCUCAAUGUGGGUCAGAUUUUAGUUGUCUACUGAGCUUGAAAAGUCAUCAACAAGCCCACGCAGAGACGUUCUACCAUUGCUCUCAAUGCGGGAAGGAGUUUAGACUUAAGGGACCCUUCCAGAAACAUUUAAGGCUUCACUCCAGGGAGAAGCCUUAUCACUGCUCUGACUGUGGGAAGAAGUUCAGCUCUUCGCUGCGUUUAAAACAGCAUUGGCGUGUUCACACAGGAGAGAAGCCCUACACCUGCACUCAGUGUGGGAAACACUUCAGCCAGAAAGGAAACCUAAAAUGCCAUCAGCGCAUUCACACAGGCGAGAGGCCCUACCCGUGUGUCCAGUGUGGGAAAGCCUUCAGCUGUCUACGCAGCUUUAGAAGGCAUAAGCAAGUCCACACGGGAGAAAAGCUCUUCCAUUGCUCCCAGUGUGGGAAAGGCUUCUUUCAUACAUACCUCUUAAAAAAUCAUGAGCGGAUUCACACAGGAGAAAAGCCCUAUCAUUGUGCUCAAUGUGGGAAAGAUUUCAGGCUCUUGACGAGCUUACAGUAUCACCAGGAAAUGCACGCAACAGGGAAUCAGUACACCUGCUCUCAGUGUGACAAAGAAUUCACCUGCAAGCGAAGCUUAGAAAGACAUCAGUUAACUCACACCUGGGAGAAACCAUACCUUUACCUUCAGACUGAUGAGUACAAGGAUUGA